AUGAAUAGAAAAGUGGCGAUAACCGUCGACAGGGAGGUAAUAGAGGCUAUAAUGGAUGAGCGAAUGAAGGAGUACAAGAAAGAAAUGAAAGAUCUGAAGAUUGAGCUGGACAUAAUGAAAAGAAAGGUACUCAGAUUGGAGCAAGGCCAAGGAAAAAGGAAGAGAGAAGAGAGCGAAGAGAGAGGGGGACUGAGGGUGGAGGUGGAGGUGAAGGAGGUGAGCGUACUGGGUCAGAGAGGGGAAUGGCUUACAAUCCUGCUAAGGAUGGGAAGCGAGGACAAAUGGAAGGUGCUAAAUGCGAGAAGAAGAGAAGGUAGUAGAAUGAGUGUAAAAAUGGACGAGGACAAACCUCUGGAGGAGAGGAUCAAAGAGAGAAAAGAGAGAGAGAAGAGAAGGGAAAGGAAGGAGAGGCAAUGCAGAAAGCCGAAGAGUACGGCGGAGGAUAAAAUUACAAAAAAGAUGGAAGAGAACCUCCUAAUGAUUUCAGACGAGGACGAGGAGAGGCCGGAAGAAAGACGCUAG